AUAAAUCCGCUCCCCAAAAUUCCCGAAACCCUCGACGGGGAAGAGGCUAGAAACUCGAGAAGGGAGGUCGCUGUCGAAGGCAUCGACGGCGAAAGCAGCUUGUGAAGAAGAAGACGAGUUCGUAAGACUUGCGGAUUUGCUAAACCUAAAAAAUUUAUACGCGUGCAGCUAAUCUAAAGAGCCAUUGUGGUUGUACGUUGUACUUCAUGCGAUUACCCGAAUUCAAACAGAAGAAUUUGUUAGUCUCGGUGUCAGAGUUCCGCCUGCCUCGCCAUGGCGCUUUGCAGAGCUUGGAGGACCCUUUUCAUCUUCCUCCUCCCUCUAAUCUUUACCCUCCCACUUCUCCUGUCAGUCUUCGAGCUUCAUCAGAAACCGAUCCAACAAGAGCAGAAGAGAAAUUUCCCAAAUAAAUCAGACCAUUUGAUCCUCGGGCCUGCCGCUGGCCAGGGUUUGCCUAAACGACUCCAGUGCGAAGGUCUCAAAGCUAUGAAUCUGAUUAUUUUGCCAAGCUCACAGAAGAAUCUUGAUACAAGCGAAAAGGUGUCUUUUGUGUCAGUGUUUACUGUGUAUAACAGUUCUCAUAGGACAGAAGUGGAAAGCAUAAAUGAAAAUUUUGAUAGCAAGGUGAUAGUUGGGAGGACUUCAUAUACUAGGACGGAGAGAUCAAUGGCCAUCCUCAAAACCUUCAUUAACUUUAUUCAGGUUUCUAUGCCAAGGAGCUGCAUAUUCUUGUUGACUGAUCCUGCUGCUGAGCUUACGAUAGAAAGAAAUAAUGUCACUCUAUUUCCAAUUUUAGGAGACUAUGCCCGAGGUCAACUGAUGCUCCAAAGAAUUAGAUCUUACAUAGUUUUUUUGGAAUCAAGACUUCAACAGAAGUAUGAAAUGCAAAAUUCUAUUAAUCAUUACAUUUUUACUGAUUCUGAUGUAGCAAUAGUUAAUGAUCUUGGACACCUGUUUAAGAAUUAUCCCGAUUUCCACCUAGCUCUAACGUUCCGUAAUAAUAAAGACCAACCUUUGAAUUCUGGAUUUAUUGCAGUAAGAGGCACGCCAGAUGGAAUUCGCAAGUCCAAGAUUUUCCUUGAGGAAGUAUUGGAAACAUACAGUUCUAAAUAUAUAAAUGCUUCACGCAUGCUUGGAGACCAGUUAGCCCUUGCAUGGGUUGUGAGGUCUCAUCUCUCAUUUAUCACUGAACAUUUUCGAAAGCCUGAAGCCUUUUCUGCUGAAAUUAAGGGAGCAUCAGUUCUUUUUCUUCCCUGUGCCAUUUUUAAUUGGACACCACCUGAGGGUGCUGGGCAAUUUCAUGGAAUGCCUUUGAACGUACAGGUGGUUCAUUUUAAGGGAUCAAGAAAGCGUUUAAUGCUGGAAUCUUGGAAUUAUUAUAACAAAACUUCAAGCAUUCCUGAUAUGCUGUGCCUCAUAUUGAGAAGCGGGAGAAGAAAGUACGAUUUUUAAAGUAUAAGUUCAAAUUUGUAAGCCUGGAAGAGAUUAAUGGCCUGCAUUUGUCUUAUCUUGUUCUUUGUUCUUUCCCAGUUACAGUUUUAAAGAUGCGGAUAUUUGGUGAAUGGUGAGCUUUUUAAGUAUUUAAUAAGUUGUUUUUUGAGAAGUUUA